UUAAUCUUUAAAGCAAUAUGGUCAAGCCUCCACUAGGGGGCGUUGAAGAAACUAUUAAAGCGAUGACAUCUGCAGCUCACCUGUCAGUGAAGAAGAGAAGGAGCAACACCGUGAAGGAUUGCACGUGUUCACUGAGUUCAGGCGGCCCGGCUUUGGCUAGUUAUUUAAAAUUGUACUUUUUGCUCUUUAGCGGGGAUAAAACAAAUAAAUGCCGAGGUAAAACGGGAGAAGAAAAGCAGGCAGCACCAGGAGGUGAAAAACCAAGGGAUCAUGUUCAACACUAGCGUCGGGCAGCACAUCCUGAAGAAUCCUCUGAUUGUUAAUGGAAUUAUUGAAAAGGCUGCCCUGAGGCCGACAGACGUGGUGCUCGAGGUGGGACCUGGUACUGGUAACAUGACGGUUAAGCUGCUGGAAAAGGCUAAAAAAGUUGUCGCCUGUGAGUUGGACUGCAGAUUAGUGGCUGAACUUCAGAAAAGAGUACAGUGCACGCCCUUACAGACCAAGCUUCAGGUCUUAAUUGGAGAUGUACUGAAAACAGAUCUGCCUUUCUUUGACGUCUGUGUGGCUAAUUUACCGUACCAGAUUUCAUCACCUUUUGUCUUCAAGCUCCUGCUGCACCGACCUUUCUUCAGGUGUGCCGUGUUGAUGUUCCAGAGAGAGUUUGCCAUGCGCCUGGUAGCCAAGCCUGGAGACAAACUGUACUGCAGACUUUCCAUCAACACGCAGCUUCUGGCUCGUGUAGAUCAUCUCAUGAAGGUAGGGAAGAAUAAUUUCCGCCCUCCUCCCAAAGUGGAAUCAAGUGUUGUCAGGAUAGAACCGAAAAAUCCUCCUCCUCCAGUGAACUUCCAGGAGUGGGAUGGCCUGGUCAGAAUAGCCUUUGUAAGGAAAAACAAAACCCUCAGUGCAGCUUUCAAAUCUGCAGCAGUGGAGCAGCUACUGGAGAAGAACUACAGAAUUCACUGUUCUCUUCACAAUGCGGAUGUCCCAGCUGACUUCAGCAUUAGCAAAAAAAUCGAGAGUGUUUUACAGGAGGCCGAUUUCAGUGAGAAGAGAGCCAGGUCGAUGGACAUUGAUGACUUCAUGGUACUGCUGCAUGCGUUCAACUCUGCAGGAAUCCACUUCUCUUAACUUGCAGAAGAAGCUGAUGAGAAGAUCUCAAUGUCUCCCAAAUUUAUCACGUGAGGCAGAAGUUUGUGAUCAGAUCAGUGAAGGUUGGUCUGAUCCUGCUUCUGGAGCUCUGCUUGAGGGAAGUGAUUGAAACAGCUGGAUGAAAUAUACAAGUAUUAUCAGAUGCAUUUAAACAGCUCAUAUUGAGCGCUGUUUUACAUUUGUGAAAAUAUAUAAAGUGUGAUAACUUUUGGCACAGAGAAGACUUCAAGGCCUCUUUGCGGUUCAUUGGAGUGUGUUUGUCCAAAAAUGCUGAUUUGCAAUCUAAAGAGACAUUUUCUAAAUUACACAAAUUUUGUUCCUUGUGAAAAAUGUCAGUGUCCAGUUUAUAAGAUUUUAUUUUUUUGUUAUUCUCAAUCUAUGCAGUUAGUCCUGUGAAAUCCCAAAAUAGAAACAGAACUAGAAAUAAUAGGUCUCCUUUUGCAAGCAUCAUUAUUUCCUGUCACACUACAUAGCCAAUUGGAAUGCCUUCAUCACAAGUGUUGCCUCAUGGUUUUGCCCUGGUGUCUUUUUAUUUUUUAAAGUCUGUACCAGAAAAUGACCUGUUAAUGGCAUAACUAUAUGUGUAAAAGCCAGAAACAACCUGCAAGCAGCCCCUGGAUAACUCAGAAUAAGGAUCAUACUAAAGAACGCAUGGGGGGGGGGGCUCAGUUAAUAAAUGUUGUGAAACAAGAAUAAUCAGCACCUUUUUCUCUCUCACAAUAAUGCACAUCUUCAUUAACUCCUGGGGACAGAAAACACUGCAAAAACAUGGACAUACAGCAAGAACGUUGUACAUCAUGAACACAUGUGGCCACUAGAGGGAAAUAAAUAGCAAUGAAUGCCCUGCUCAUGUUAAGGUAUAA